CAAAUAAAAUAGAAAGGUAAACAACAAAUGAUCGGCGCAUAUUGCAUACUUGUAAAUAGUUUCAUUCAUAAUUCUUAUUGUCAGCAUCAGCAGAUAGAAACGGAUUACGCAAUUCCAUUAAAAUUCCGUGUGCCAAUUGUGGGAUUUAAAAUAAGCAAAAAUGGCUUUAACACUUGGACGCAUCAAUGUAGACGAGCCCCUAUAUGAUCUAAGCACUUUUGCCGGGCGCUUUCGCUAUUUUGCUUGGAUGACGGAUCCCCGCACUGUCAUUGUUUCCAACGACCGUUUAUUGCAAGCGAAAACACUGGUGGAGAGUUAUCGUGUCGGCAAAGAGCCAGAAACCACUACGCAGGAACAAGUCAAAUAUGCGAUGAAACUUUAUUCAUCUGCCUUCCAUCCGGAUACAGGCGAGCUUCAAAAUGUCACCGGGCGCAUGAGUUUUCAGGUGCCUGGUGGCAUGCUUAUAACAGGCGGCAUGCUAGCCUUUUAUCGUACCGUUCCCGCUGUGGUGCUCUGGCAAUUCAUCAAUCAGUCAUUCAACGCUAUAGUCAACUAUACAAAUCGUAAUGCGAAUUCACCGACAACAGUCACACAGUUGGGCGUCGCGUAUGUGUCCGCAACUACCUCGGCAUUGGUAGCGGCACUUGGUUGCAAAAGCUAUUGGUCUAAGCGUGCCAGCCCCCUAUUUCAGCGUUUUGUGCCGUUUGCUGCCGUUGCCGCUGCCAAUUUUGUCAACAUUCCACUUAUGCGGCAAAAUGAGAUAAUCAACGGUGUCGAAGUGAAGGAUGAGAACGGUAACAUUGUGGGACACAGCCGCUUAGCUGCCAUAAAGGGUAUUACCCAAGUGGUGGUUUCCCGUAUUACUAUGGCAGCACCCGGCAUGUUGAUAUUGCCGUUUAUUAUGCAACGUUUGGAGAAAAUACCGGCUUAUCGACGCAUACGUUGGAUAGACGCGCCUUUCCAAACGGCUAUGGUGGGCUGCUUUUUGCUGUUCAUGGUUCCCACGGCUUGCGCAAUAUUUCCACAAAAUUGUUCGUUGAAAACGUCCACAAUCAAAUUACUUGAAGCUGAUCAGUAUGCGGAAAUAGAGUCCAAGACUAAAGGUCGCGUACCACAGCGUGUAUACUUCAAUAAGGGCUUAUAAAUGUGCCGUAUAAUUCAAUUUGAUUAUGCACAAUAGACAAUAUUGAGUAAAUGAGUUGCUGACGCGUAGCGAAAGUGGCUCCACUGACCUGGAACGGCAUUUACAAGGAAAUCGUAUUCAAUAACCGGGAAUUACUGCUGCUAAACAUGCCUCAAAGAGGCUAGAAAUAUUAAAUCUGUAAAAUUUAAGUUAAAGUAACUGCGCAUUUGUAGAUGUGAUUUAGUUUUAAUUUUUUGUUUUCUUCGUUGCUUAAAUCUGUAUUUUUUUAUGGCACUGGUUCCUUUUCACGUUUAGUGUGUUUGUGUUAUUAAAUUUAUCACCGUGUGCAGUUUAAUGGAUUUCAAGCAUUGCCGUCUUAUUUUGUACGCUGUUUGUUUAUAAAAUUAAGCGUAAAAUGUGUACUCUUUAUAUACUAUAGUCAUUAUUCUGAAAUAAAAGUAAAAAAGUAAA